AGACAGGCAACGAAACAGAGCCUCCUCUCCUCUCUCUCUCCGCAUAAAACUCAAUCAUGUAAUUUAACCCAGGCUGGAUCCAAACCCAUUUCCGAUUUGCAACAAGAUUUACUAGUCCCCCGUUGCUUAAUCCCGAGGGGAAAAUCAGUCUCUGUUGCUUAAUCCUGAGGGGUACGCCUUCUACCUUCUUUUCUUUCCGCUGUUUUUGCUUUUAGUUGCCAGUAGCUGUAAUACAGUGGCGAGCAUUUCUUUCCUUUUUCUCGCCGAAAAGCGACAAAGCUCACCUCCAAAUCCAUCCAUUAGUCCCCAAAACCCUCACGCUUAAUGGCAACAGCUAAUUUUGUAGAUCUGUGGGCUCAGGAGGUGGGUUCUUCAAGAUUUCAGUGUUGGUUUUAGCAACGGUGAACUACUUGUUGGAAGAAAAAUCCAGGUUUCUUGAGGUGCGCCUUGAUUUUCGGCCAGGAAUAUUGGUACCCUUGUACACUGGAAUAGGAUAAAUGGGUUUCUGCAUAAAAGCUUCAAUCUUUCACUAAAUCUUAAGUUUCUGAGACGAAUCGGGUCUGGGUGUGGGUUUUCUCUUUCUGGGAUGAGUUUAAAUUUCUAUUUAGAUUAAGAUUAGGGAUUCGUGGGACUUUGGUGAUCGAAGAAGAUGAUUCCAUUGUUGUUCUUGGUUCUGUUCGCCGAGGGUGUGGUGGCACUGCUUCUAAUGGUGAAGAUUGGGCCACUAAGGGAGCUGGUGAUGAAGGGUUUGGAUCAGGUCAAGGCGGGGAAGGGUCCAGCCACUGUUAAAACAAUUGCUGGUACUAUGUCUGUGAUCCUCUUAUCAAACUUCUUUAGUAUUGUCAAGAUUCAGAACAAGGGUGCUAAACUUGGUACCAUGACACCCAUGGAUCAAGUUCUGUGGAGGACCCAUUUGCUGGAGGCUUCUCUCAUGGGGUUCUGUCUAUUUCUUGGGUUCUUAAUUGAUCGUAUGCACCAUUAUCUUCAGAGAUAUACAGGCUUAAAAAGUAAGAUUGGCUCUUCAAAAGAGGAAUUUGAAAGGCUCGAGAAAGAAAAGCUGCAGCUUAAGGAAAAGGAAGAGAGAGCUACGAAGGAAAUAAAGCUCCUGCAGGAAGAAAUCUCAAAUUUAAAAGAGAAACUGAACAAACAUAAGCUGGAGUCUGAAGGGAAGGACAAACAGAUCGAAACAGCUGAAGCUCAUGUUGCUGCUCUCCAGAAGCAAUCAGCUGAUCUGCUUCUUGAAUAUGACCGACUCUUAGAGGACAAUCAAAAUCUUCAGAGCCAAGCUGCAGGGUAUCGCACUUAAAAAAAAUCCUUUUGCAGAAUCCAAGAAUUCAAGUUUUGUUGAAUCAGUUCAAAGAACUCAAAUUUUGCAGAGCUGGUUCUGGUUGAGGUUGCACUGAUCUUACCCUUCCAUAGUUGCAACACCUCAUGGUUCGACUCUGCUAACAGAAGGAAGAAAUCUGAAAUUGGGGAGGACUGGCCACAGUUGAAAAUUUUGUAAUCUUGUCAAAUCUUUGAUGUUUUGCUUGUAGUUCAGCUUUAGAUUGAUUGUCUUCUGGACCUGAUUUUCAAUUUUCAUUUUGGUUUCUCACCUUACAUAAUUUGAUUGAGUUUGAGGAUGAAAUUCGGACAUUUUUUUUUCUUUUUAUUUGGUAGAAGCCCUGAUCAGAGCCAAUUAUGUUUUGAACUUUUUCAAAGA